AUGUCGGUGAACAGAUUAAAAAACCACACAAAUUUCGGAUUCAAACUUACUUAUCACCGACAUUCUGUGAUCACUGUGGAAGUAUUCUCCAUGGGCUGUAUAAUCAAGGACUUCGGUGUUCAGUCAGAAAAUUAUCAGAUAGAAUUUCAAAAGAAUUUAAGAAACAAAAAAAAAUUGAGUAAAUGUCAAAAACGUUCUUAG